AUGUCCCAUGAGCCCUCCAACAAGUACGAUACAACUCCCGUGCGCUUCAUCAUGUUGGGGGGGGCGGGGGGUGGGCAGCGUGCGAACGGGAUGGAAACCACAGCCACGCUAGAGGAAGCAGACCUGUGUCAAGGUUACAGGAUUGGUCGACAUGCCGUCAGGGUGUUCCACUGGAUAUGCACCGAAGAAAACCAGGAGUUGGAUUGCCGGCUGCAGAUCCUCACCCAUAUGACAUUGAGGAUACCUUAGCAGGAGUGUGAGCUUGGCCGUCAUUUGCAGGAAAAUGCAGCUUUGGAUGCCGUAUGUUUUGUUAAGUGCAACAUCAGUGUGCACUGUUCAGAUGUCUGGCAAUUAUGGAGAAAUAUGUCAAGGACUGUGUGCCUGUGAGGAGAGGGAAGGUAUACUUACAGUGGGCUGUGAAAACAGAGGAAUUGCAAGUCUGUCAAACAUAAGCCCAGUGCACUUCUCCCAGUAUCACCUGCUCCUUACUGGGAAUCUUUUGAAAAAGCUGUCUGCCGAUGAUUUUGUUGAUUACGAUGGACUUACAAUAUUGCAUCUGGGAAAUAAUGAACUAACUGAUGUUGAAGCUGGAGCUUUUAAUGGACUUCAUGGAUUAAAACGACUGCAUCUCAACAAUAACAAAAUCGAUGCCUUGAAGGAAGAGUUUUUCUUUGGCCUUGAAAGUCUGGAAUAUCUACAAAUUGAUUAUAAUUACAUCACUCAUGUGGAACCAAAUGCCUUCAACAGAAUUCGACAUCUUGAGGUUCUCAUUUUGAAUGACAAUCUGAUAUCCAGUCUGCCUGUAAAUAUUUUCAAGCAUGUCCCAUUGACUCAUUUGGACUUAAGGGGAAAUCAGCUCAAAGUGCUUCCCUACACAGGUCUUUUAGAGCACAUGAACAGUGUAGUUGAGUUGCAGCUUGAAGAGAAUCCGUGGAACUGCUCCUGUGAGUUGAUUGCUCUCAAAACCUGGCUUGAAAGCAUAUCAUACACAGCUUUGGUCGGUGAUGUUGUUUGCGAGUUCCCCUUUCGGCUUCAUGGGAGAGACCUCGAUGAGGUUUCAAAACAAGAGUUGUGCCCAAGGAGAGCUAUCGCUGAAUACGAAAUGCCACCCCUGCCACAUUUGAGCACCGAUGCAUACUAUAGGACCACGCCAGCUCUAAUUGCAGCCUCAUUCACUUCAUCGGGAAUUGGAAGAUCUUCAUCGAGACCCACUAAAGGACCUCGCCAGUCAGCCAAAUUAAAAUCAAGACCCACAUCUCGCGCUGCAUCAAACAAACCACAGAAUUUUGGUCAGAUAGUUUCAUUUCAGACCAAAUCUCCUGUGCCUUUAGAUUGCCCAACUGCCUGCACGUGUAAUCUGCAAAUUUCAGACCUUGGCCUGAAUGUGAACUGUCAGGAGCGAAAGAUAGAACAGAUCUCUGACUUGAAUCCUAAACCUUACAAUCCCAAAAAAAUGUAUCUCACAGGGAAUUACAUUCCUGUGGUACGUAGAACAGAUUUUACUGAGGCAACCGGAUUAGAUCUGCUUCACCUUGGUAACAAUCGAAUAGCUCGUGUCCAGGACAGAGCCUUUGGCGAUUUGACAAAUCUACGAAGACUAUACCUUAAUGGAAAUUUGAUAGACCGUCUUACCGCUGGUAUGUUUUAUGGUUUAGACAGCCUACAGUUCUUAUAUUUAGAAUACAAUGUCAUCAAAGAGGUUACUACUGACACCUUUGAACACGUUCCCAAACUUCAGCUUCUUUUCUUAAAUAAUAACCUCUUGAAAACUUUACCUGAGGGUACAUUCAAUGGUUUAACCUUAGCCAGACUAAACCUUCGUAACAACCAUCUCCGAUAUCUCCCGGUCAGUGGUGUACUGGAUCAGUUGACAGCGCUUGUGCAAGUUGAUUUGUAUGAGAAUCCCUGGGAUUGCUCUUGUAGCAUAUUGGAUUUAAAGAUGUGGUUAGAGCAGCUUAGCACUGGCACAGUUGUAAACAAUGUUAUCUGUGGCUCCCCUAAGAGGCUGGCUGGGGAGGACAUGAGAUACAUUAAGACAACUAAUUUCUGCCCUAAUAACUCUGAUACACUUGCCUCCAUGAUUCCACCCUCUGAAGAAUCUUUUCCUGGAAGCACAAUAACUAUAGAGACGUCCUUAGACUCUGACACUCAGCUCACUACCAUUCCUUUAUCUGUGAUGAUACUUGCCCUUCUCCUCAUGUUCAUUAUAUCUGUGUUUGUGGCUGCUGGACUGUUUGUUGCAACGAAAAAGAGACGACAAAAGAGUCAAAAUGAGCAGAAUAACACAAUGAACGCUUGCAUUAGCUCCCUUAACAUGGAAUAUGGCCUUUACAAAAAGGGAUCCAAUCCCAAAGUGAGAACAUCAGCUGGACAUGUGUAUGAGUAUAUCCCUGCCCCGACAGAAUCCACAUGUCGAACUGCUGCCCACACACCGAUGGACAACAAAUCAGUGGAUGGAUUUAGAGACUUUGAUGAGUUGAGCGGCGCUUUUCUGGGCAACUCGGAUGAAGAGGCAGCCAGUAAUAUGAUAAGCUCGGAAUAUAGCGCUUCUACUCCAGAUCCUCUCAACAAGCCCUCUACCCCUCACCAAGAUGAUCCAUCGUGCUGCUACAGUGAUGCACUAGAGCCUGACAAGAACAGACGGUACAGCAAUACAGUACCUUGCAGGCACGGAGCACAUUCAUCAAAUCGCUAUACCUCAGACUUUGAUGCAAGGCAUCAAUAUACGCACCCAGAAAGAAUACAACAGACAAUACUAUAUUGCGCAGCACCAAGUACUGUUUAUGUGGAGCCUAACAGAAGUGAGUACUGGGAACUAAAAGCAAAACUUCACAUUGACCCAGACUACCUUGAGGUUCUUGAGAAACGAACUACUUUCACCCAGUUUUAAGGGACUAGGCCUCAUGCUGGUCACAUUUUGUUUAUGUAUACAUUUUAAUCAGGAAUUUCAAGAUGUUCAAAAAUGCUACAAUAUAACAAUUUGGUUAACUCAGCUCUAAACAUCGUGAGCCAUUUUAUGCAUUUCUGGGGUAUUGCAUUACAGAAAUGAAUCAUAAAGGUCACAUAUUUUAAAGUACCACUUAAGAUUUGAAUGUGGUUUAACAGUGUGGCUUUAAUGUGGUUUUAAUUAUAAAUAUGAACAAGUAACCACUGAUUCAGGUCUCUAAUGACUCAUCCUAACAUCCAAUUUGUCCUGGAGCUGUGUCAUUGACAGUAAUGUGAGACUGAGCUUUAACGCUCAGAUCAUUAACUUUUAAUGAGCCAUGCUCUUUCCCUAAAAUAAAUCUCUUUGUAAAACUGUUUUUUUUAUUAAAGGUACAUGUAUGGCUUUAAGUUAUUUAACUGAUAUGUUUUAACCAGUUCAAUUUAGUAGAUUUAUCUCUCACAUUAAAGCUGACCUGAAUUUACCUGCAGAGAAGUCACAUCAGCUUAAUAUUAUUUUGGUUAUCCUAUUCCAAUAAAGAUAACAAUGUUGGACGCAUUAAUUGGAAGCAUAUCCUCCCAUCUGGACAACUCUCUGGUAAUAAUAAACAUACAUGCAAUUAUUAUUACCAGAGAGAUCAUUUAAAGGAAUCUCAAAAUUACAGAUUAAUGAAGAUUAAAUGUUGUCUCAUCUUAAAAUUUGGGAGAUAACGAUGAUACCGAACAAUAUCAUAAAAAGAGAUAAUGAAUUGGAUGAGUGCCUAUCCUCCAGAAAAACAGUGUUGAUUUCAUAGUACCUUCCUGUGACUGUGGGACCUGGACAGAUAAUGCUUUUUUCAGUGUUGGAGUGAAAAGAUUUGUAUUGUUUUCAGAUGUGUUGUAAUUGAAGGAAAGUUCCUUGUACCUGUAACUCUAAUGUGUCUAUAACAAAUGUGUACAAAUGCAGUCCCUGUCAUUAUACAUAAACAUGUACUUUUAUCUUUCAUUAUGUUCUUGUACUAACACCAAAGCAGUGUACAAAAGAAAAAAAGGGGAUAUGCAAACUUUAACUCCCUGAGGGAUACAUCAAACACAGCCCUGUGAAUAAUUUCACUUGUACAUCAUACUCUCCAUUCUAUAUUCUGUAUUUGUUAUUACAUGUCAAAUUUAGGUUUGAACACAUCUAAUAAUAUUUACUAUAAAACAAUAUUUUAAGCGGCUCAGUCUUACAUAGAGGCAGGUAUUAAACCUGUCGGUCCGAUACAGAGCUCCAUGUCAGUGUCAUGUUUUGCCUCGCUAAAUGUAUGAAACUGUAUACUUGUCAAAGUGGGUGAUAUAGUACAGUUACACAAAGUAGUAAAAAAAGAGAAAAUACAUCUUCCACUUAAAACCAAGACCCAGCCUUUAAGUUAAAAUUAUAUGGGCUGACACACAUUUUUUUACAUUUAUAGACAAAUAGUGUCGCUUGUACAGAGAGAAAAAAGCCUCUUGCUGGUGAUUUUAACACAAACUAGACAAUGUGAACAAGCACAUUUCUGCCUCGGAUUCCAACACUUCAAGCGUAAAUCUUUCUAUUAACGCUGAACAUCAUAUUCCUAUUCUGAACUUAAUUUGACCAUGUAAUAUUUGGUUUUUAACCAGUUCUUUCUGCGCAUAAAUUAAUUCAGAUCAGAACACUGCCAUGUUUAUUCGUAUCAAGUAGCUGGAGGUGACGCUUCCCAAUGGUAAGACCAAGCUUGAGUCUAAUUUUUAUAGAUACUUAUUACCUUCAACCCUCCUUUAUCUAGCACGUGAAUUGGGAAGAAUGAAAUUGGCAGGU